CAUAUUCUAUUGUAGUUUAUUGCAAUUUUUCAGCAAAAAUGAUGCCGGCAAUCUGUCUGUAUUUUGGGCUGCUUCUUAUCUUGACAUCAUCAUCAGUCAGCAGCUUUUCCUCCAGAAAUCAUUACGCAUUGUUGCGAGCCGACAAUGGAACAGAUACGGACACUUUUUACGACAGCAGUCCCCUCUGUGGGACCGGUCCACUGACCAUAUGUAUCGGUUGCCAGACGUACAAGUUGUGUUCUGGGCAGCCAACCGACGACACAGACUCCAAGGUGAGAUGUCCCGUAGACAGACCGUACUGUGAGAGCACAACUGGCAUGUGUUCCGAAAAUCCCGAUAACAGCAUCAUCCAGUGCUCUUCUGGAUCGCCGGACAACGGCACGACGCCGGAAACUCCCGCCUUCAAGUGUACCGGAGAGGGUAAGUUCCCGGAUCCUCUCAGCUGUGGCAAAUUCUACUACUGUUCCGGGCCCGGUGUCGAUGGGGUUCCGACGGAUUGUCCACCGAAUUAUAGCUACAAUGUUACCUCUCAGAAGUGUGAGCAAACGACAGACGCUUGCCAGAUGAUUGAUUGUUCCUCGGAUUACGUCUUCAACGAGCAUCCUGCGGAUUCGCAGUACUUCUACUAUUGCAAGCAGAGUGCAGCCAGUUCGCUGUCGGAAAUAUUCUUGUUCUCCUGUGGAUCCGGCGCCAAGUUCGAUGUAUGCAGUGAGCAGUGCGUUUUCAAGUGCUCCAGUGAGGGGCUGUUCGCCAAAGCUUCCAAUCCAAACAAGUACUAUCAGUGUUACAACGAUAAUGGAACGCUAAAGUUUGUAGAGAGGUCAUGUCCCGUGGAGAGUCAAAUUUUUGACGAGAUGGUGCAGUUCUGUAUUUAUCCUGUUACUAACUGAAUUUAUUUGAAGAAUGAACAAUAAAUUGUUAUAGUGGCUUAAA